CGGUGCACCACGGGGGUGCGCUUUCAAACUGACCAGCGCGUCUCUGUGGCAGCGCAGACACUCUCCUCUCUCCACAUCAUCCAGCACUGAGCAGCCUCGCUGCAGCUGACCACCGAAGCUGCAGGUGCAGUAGAGCCGUGAAGAAGAAGAGGAAGAAGAAGAAGAAGAAGAAGAACAACAACAACAACAACAAUAACAACAAGGUGAUGUUGUCUUCUCAGGUCACUGGGACUGUGCAUUCAGCAAGGGUUUGAAUCUGUCAGGACACUUCCCAGCAGCCUCUCCUCAGGCAGGGACAGUUUACCCACUGUCCUAAAGCAAAAGCAACAAGCAGCUACAACUUUGCACUCUUCCACCUGCUUUGCUUUGGUCCCUAGCGCUAUGGCCUUCACCCUGUCAGAGAUCAUGGCAGCGAGGCGACAGCAGUCGCAGGCUCAGUCACAUGCACAGCGAGGCAACAGGACUGCUGUGGAGGUGGAUGAGUACAGCACCAACCCCACUCAGGCCUUCACCUUCUACAAUAUCAACCAGGGACGCUUCCAGCCGCCUCAUGUCCACAUGGUUGACCCAAUGCCUCAUGACACCCCCAAACCACCAGGCUACACACGCUUUGUGUGCAUCUCAGACACACACUCACGCACUGAUGCCAUCCAGAUGCCAUAUGGGGAUGUGUUCAUCCAUGCUGGAGACUUCACCGAACUGGGGUUGCCCUCUGAGGUCAAGAAGUUCAAUGAUUGGCUAGGUACACUCCCCUAUGACAUCAAGAUAGUAAUUGCUGGAAACCAUGAGUUGACCUUUGACCAGGAGUUUAUGGCAGACCUCAUCAAACAGGACUUCUACUACUUCCCUUCAGCCUCAAAGCUCAAGCCAGAGAAUUAUGAGAACGUCCAGUCACUGCUCACCAACUGCAUUUACCUGCAGGACUCCGAGGUCACUGUGCGGGGCUUCAGAAUCUAUGGCUCCCCCUGGCAGCCUUGGUACUACGGCUGGGGAUUCAACCUGCCGAGAGGUCAAGCUCUGCUGGACAAGUGGAACCAGAUCCCAGACAACACUGACAUCCUGGUCACACACUGCCCUCCACUGGGUUUUCUGGACUGGGUUCCCAAGAAGAUGCAGCGUGUUGGGUGCAUGGAACUGCUCAACACAGUCCAGAGGAGAGUUCAGCCCAAAUUACAUGUAUUCGGGCACAUUCAUGAAGGUUAUGGCAUGAUGACAGAUGGCACAACAACAUUCAUCAAUGCUUCAGCCUGCACCGUGAACUUCCUUCCCAUGAACCCACCCAUUGUCUUUGACCUCCCCAAUCCCAGGACUACAUGACUACAGGAAGCUAACCCGCAAACUCCUACCAUCAGUCUGGAGAAAGGAAACAAGAGAGGUAGGUGAGGAGGCAGGAAGAAUGGACCAAAUGCUGUAAAUAUUGCACAGGUGUGUGUUUAUCAUGUGCAGCACAUGUCCACAGAAUCUGAUUGUGAAGCUGACCAAGUGAGGAACUCUCCCUCACUCUGUUUUUGUUAUCUCAUAUGCCAUAAUUUCUUCAUCUCAACACAGACUUUAAAAGUGGACACAAGGACAAAUGGAAGGAUACUUUAAAAUGCAGACAAACUGACGAUUAUCCAACUUCUCUCUCACUGCACU